AUGCGUUACGAGAACGGCUCCAUCACAGUACCAGCACCAGGAGUGUACCACAUCACAAGUCACGUCAAGUUCUACAUCGAGGACAACAGGAAGGAUGACAAGCCGCUCCAGACAUUCCGGCACCAGGUUGUCCGCUAUAGCGCCUCCAGCCAGACACAUGUCGUGUUGUUUGAGAAUGCCGUGACUGAGUGUAAAGAGGGUAUCAACGACGGGGCUCACCUGGAGUACCCGAGUGAUGCUGGUGGACUGGCUCAGUUGGAUGCUGGAGAUAAUAUCAUAGUUAAGUUGUCUCAUCUCCAUCCCCCUGAAACACGGGAGAGUCUGGCAUUUUCUAGACAUGUAUAUUAUUUAACAUGCGUAUAA